GCUGCAGGUAUGACCUUUAUUGGACUAUGUCGACCACCGGUCGCUGUGGCGGCCACUCCGACUAACGUAUAUUUAAUGUCUUCCUGCCAAGACGGUCGAGUGGGAUUCAUCGGUUUUGCGUUUCACCAGUGGGAAUAACACGCAGUCAGAAUGGGAGGAAACGGGAGCACGGGGAGGACGGUGUCAUUCGGGCUGGAUGAAGACGAGAAGGUCACAGUAAUUGAAGGAGUGAAGCUGUCAGCAGAUGUGCUCACGAGGAUGCGGGAGGCUCAGGGGUCUGGAAACACCAAGCCCCCAAAGCCCCCAUCUGACAAACACAAGCCUGCAAGUUCAACACCAUCAGGACCCUCUGCGGCAGAGAUGCAUGAAGAAAUGCGCAAAAACUUUGAGCGUCAGCAGGCUCUGGUACAGGAACAGUUGGCCAAACUAGCCCAGAGGGAGAGAGAGGCCGCAGCAGUCUCAGGCCUGGAUGAACUGACCCCUGCUCUCAUCACGACACGGGGGAAGGCUUUUCAAGAGCAGGAAAAGGCCAGCAUUCUGCCAGCAGAUUUGGAUGCAUGGGCCAAACAAUUGGAGAGAAAAGAAAAGGAGCUAUCGACCAUAUCCAGCUUCUAUAAAGAACAAUUAGAAAUACUGGAGAAAAAGAACAUGGACAACUACAAGCAGACAUCUGAACAGUACGACCGGGCAGCUACUAAAGCUGAAGCUCAUAUACGACCCCGGCCAACCGCAGCGCUGUGUGCUGGGCUGCAGGGCCAGGUGCUGCAGUGCUACAGAGAAAACCCACAGCAGACGCUGCACUGCUCAGACCUGGCUAAACAGUACAUGAAAUGUGUUCAGGAAGCAAAGAAGGGGCCUUUGACGAAUCACGGCUGAGAAACCCAAAGAAAGCACCAGCAAGUGAAGAAGUAGUGACGAAGCAAAGAACAUCACAUCUGUCCUUUUUUUCUCCUCCUAUCCGUCCACUCGUUUGGCCACCAUCGCUGCCCAACCCCCACUUCCUUUUCCUUUAACCAUGUAUCUCUGCUUUUGAGUGUAUUUUCUUCACCUGUCACUUCAGAGUAUAUGAUGUGUUGAUUCAUUGUCAAGCUGUGCCAGUGCACCCCUGCUGUCAUUGAAAUAAAUUAUAGUGAUCUGGUGGUGAUGAGACUGCAAAA